GAAAACCCCACCUCACCCGGAAAAGGAGGAACGAGGGAAACGACGGUGGAGCAAUUGUUGUGGACUGCCCGCUGUAAUCAAUUGAUUUUCUUUGGCUCUUUCGGCGAUCCCGUUAGUUACAAAGCAACCGCCACCCGAAGCAACUUUGCCGGAGGAUUUAGUCUCGUCCUGCUCACGGUAGAGAUGUCGGUGGUGCCUCCCAGUCGCUCUUCCGCCGGCUGGCCGCGCGGUGCCGUUCCGUUCGGGAACAAGUACAUCAGCGGGCCCGCUAAACCGCUCACCCUGGAGAGGACCAUCAAUCUAUACCCUCUUACCAACUACACGUUUGGCACCAAGGAGCCCCUGUACGAGAAGGACAGUUCGGUAGCAGCCCGGUUCCAGCGGAUGCGGGAGGAGUUUGAUAAAAUGGGAAUGCGAAGGACAGUGGAGGGUGUCCUCAUUGUCCAUGAACACAGACUGCCUCAUGUGUUACUUCUACAGCUGGGUACCACCUUCUUCAAACUGCCUGGUGGAGAGCUGAGUCCUGGAGAAGAUGAGGUGGAGGGCCUGAAACGCCUAAUGACCGAGAUCCUAGGGCGACAGGACGGGGUGAAGCAGGACUGGGUGAUUGACGACUGUAUUGGAAACUGGUGGCGCCCAAACUUUGAGCCUCCCCAGUACCCCUACAUUCCAGCUCACAUCACCAAGCCUAAGGAACAUAAGAAACUGUUCCUAGUCCAGCUUCAGGAAAAAGCGCUCUUUGCUGUCCCCAAGAACUAUAAACUAGUGGCCGCACCAUUGUUUGAACUAUAUGACAAUGCUCCUGGAUAUGGACCAAUCAUUUCCAGUCUACCACAGCUACUGAGCAGCUUCAGCUUUAGGCAGCAGUGUGGCACAGAGACUACAUAUAUCCACCCUGCUGACAAACCCAAAGACUUUUAAAGUGAUUUAAUAAUUCAACUUCAUCUACAACUAACUGUCAUGAACAGGAGUCCCAUCUGGCUGUCUCUGUGAGUGCAGCCCCGUUUGAGUGAAGCUUAAAGAUGACAAACAAUGCGGUGACAGAGACUCAUCUCUGGCUCAACUUUGACAGAAGAAAAACUUGUCAUGUCUGGUAUAUUGACAGUCCAUGGGGAUGUUUAUACUGUUAGAAGAAAAUUAAAAUAUCAUGUGUUUGGGGGUUUUUUUAUCAGAAAGAAACUGCUAGUUUUUGUGGUAUCUGAGUGCGUAUUCCAGUUUUCACACUUUGGUUUUAUUUUGUCUCGGGAGGUCAGCGUGUGAUUAAACAGACUUACAACAUUGAGUUUUCCUGUUGUUUUAACCUGUAACUAUGCUGUUUUUUUCUUUCUUUUUAAUAAAGCAGUCCUGUCGUGUUUUUUAUAAACUUCAAA